AGAGCUUACUGUGCAUGGAUGGAAAUAACUGUCGGGUAACCCGGUUGUUUUGCACUGGCCGCCCUGAGCUUGCCAUCUCAUAUUACAUGCCAAGCGCAAGUGGCCUGUCACAGGUCCUCACAUGCUUGGUGCUUCAGUCGAACUUGCUCUGACCGCAUAAACUAAAAUCCUCCCAAAAGGACAAGGUACGGCAGUUCAUGUCCUUCACUCAAGCCGGGGAGAAGACCGCCGUUUACUGCCUCACUCAAAAUGACUGGAAACUAGAGGUGGCCACCGACAACUACUUUCAGAACCCAGAUUUGUACCACAAGGAAUCCAUGAAAAGCUCAGUGGACCGAAAGAAGCUGGAGCAGCUUUACAAUCGAUAUAAAGAUCCCCAGGAUGAGAAUAAGAUCGGGAUUGACGGAAUUCAGCAGUUUUGUGAUGAUCUCAAUCUGGAUCCAGCGAGCAUCAGUGUUCUGGUUGUGGCAUGGAAGUUUCGUGCAGCAACCCAGUGUGAAUUCAGCAAGAAAGAGUUCAUCGAUGGCAUGACAGAGCUGGGGUGUGACAGUCCAGAGAAACUUCGAGCACUUCUGCCCAGAUUAGAACAGGAUCUGAAAGACAGCGGAAAAUUCAAAGAUUUCUAUCAAUUCACCUUCAACUUUGCCAAGAAUCCAGGGCAGAAGGGUUUAGAUUUAGAGAUGGCAGUAGCAUAUUGGAACCUGGUUCUGGCUGGACGUUUUAAGUUCCUAGACCUCUGGAACAGAUUUUUAUUGGAGCAUCAUAAGCGAUCAAUUCCCAAAGAUACGUGGAACUUGCUUCUGGAUUUUGGCAAUAUGAUUGCAGAUGACAUGUCAAACUAUGAUGAAGAAGGAGCAUGGCCUGUACUCAUCGACGACUUUGUGGAAUAUGCUCGGCCAAUUGUGACGGGAUCAAAGCGCAAAACUGUAUAGUAAUGCUACCACUGGGCGAGAACUCACGCCUUGGUCGCCUCAUUGACUUUGUAGUUUUUUUAAAGACUUGUAAGCAUAAUAAGAGAGAACUAAGAGCAACACUUGAAACCGACAAGCUUUGCAAAAGGAAAACAGGAUGGAAAAGACGCCUCAGACCUCCACGCGCCACACGGGAAGGACAAGAGUGCGAGACUCGAAAUUUCUUAUAGAGCCAUCAAAUGCACAUGGCCAGCUAUAUUUGCACUGGCGACUCAAUUCUAGCCCGAAACCUCUGGAGAUUUUGGGUGGAAAACUUCGAACCUAGUACCUCAUCUCCAUAGCAGUCAGUGUCACUCUGUAGGGCUGAGUCCUCAUUGCUUUUACCCACUUUUCACAGUCUGAAUUACGGAAUAGUCUCUCCAGUUUCGUUUUAGAUAAUGUACGCAUCUGUCCGGGUGUGUAUCUCAUGCAGGACUUGAUGCUGAUCAUGUCCACUUUUUAUGCCAGAUGUUCAUGGGCAGCACAGCAUGCAGCUCACAACACCAGCACUAUUGUUACAGUUGUAAAAUACUGUAUCUACUGCAGCAGUAUGUACAGAGAGAAAUGUAUUAUCAGUGAUGUUUUAUUAUAUGAAAUAUGAGACAUAUGAAAGAAAAGCGUGGUCAAAACAAGAUGCCUCCAUGCCAUGUUCUUGUGUGAUUUUUAGGUCAAACGUGUCAUCUGCCCUGUUGCGAAACUUGUAACAAACACGGUUCAGUGUUACUCUUUCUUUCUUUUCUUUUCCUUUUUUGUUUUGUUUACCAGAUUUAUGUUAAAGAAAUAAAUUAUUGCCCUUUAUGUUCUUCUCAA